AUGCCUGCUCCCGCCGCGCCCGCGGCCCAGAGACCGCGGCCCAGCGUCGGCCAGAUCCUCUCGAUGCCGCCGCAGUGGCUGGCCAUGUACGACGACUUCAUCACAAAGAAUGCCGGACAAGUGUCGCAGAUUGAGAGCGCCCUGCGGAGCCUGACGUACAUUAUCCCCGGCCGCUUCCGCGAUGCCGAAAUCGCCUCCGAAUCCAUACACUCGUUCGUGCAGCUGCUCUCGCUGUACCACGACAGCCUGCUCUCGCGGGCGGUCUCGCGGCUGCCCGCGGCGCCGGUGCGGACGGCGCACGCCCGCUACACGCGCUUCUGGUCGCAGAGGAGCAGGGCGUACCGCCGCAUCGCCAUGGUGCUCCAGAUGGUGAUUUACACGGAGCUCCUGUGCGAGAUGGCGGCCAAGAGGAGGGGCGGCGAGCGCGCCCGGUGGAGGGUCGUGGUGCUGAUUGAGGGCGUCAAGGCCGCGUGCAGGCUGCUGCUGCUGCGGGUGACGCGGUCGCGGCCGCUGGUGACGCCCGUCCUGCCGGAGAGGGAGGCCAUUCCCGACAACAACGACAACGAGGAAGAGGAGGAGGAGGAGGAGGAGGGCGGACUGCUGCUGGAGGGCACGUCGCCGCACAGCCUGUCGGCCAUGGACGCGAAGCCCCCCCACGAGCGGGAGUGGACGAUGCCCCGGACGGGGAUGAGCCUGCCGUCGCUCCCGGACCCGGGCGACAUCAGCUCGUACCUGCUGGGCCGGGUGCUCACGGCCGACGACAUCAAGCCGGCCAACAAGCUGCUCAACCGGCUGCAGGGCGCGUCGCGGGCCGCCGAGGUGCUGCACAUCCUGGCGCCGCUCGUCUACGCCGUCGCCCUCGCGCGCAGCAGGGACCGCAAGUCGUGGACGCCGUGGGUGGUUGGGCUGGCGGUCGACUGCGCCGCGCGCCAGCUCCGCGACGCGGGCCUGCGCACGACGGCGCUCGAGAGGGACGAGUGGCAGCGCCGCGGCUGGGCCAUGGCCUGGUGGACGAUGAGGGGCGCCUUUUACGACAAUGUCACCGGCGGCGUCGUCGGCGCCGUCACCAGGCGCAUGCCCGGCUUUGUCGCCGGCAUCUUGGAGGACUACGAGUACCUGUGGGAGAACUACUACUUUAGCACCAGUGCGUAG